AUGAGUGUGAUUCAAGUUUCAGAAGCCAUGGAUCCUUCAGCCGAGCUCCAGAUAUGGAACAACGCCGCCUUUGACAACAGCGGCGGAAUCUCCGAGGAUCUGAGUGCGAGCAGGCAGUCUUGGGGCUCGUUGAAGUCAAUUUUCGGUAACCCUAAAGCUUCUUUUGAUUCCGUUUCCGAUAAAGAGAAUCUGUGUGUCGGGCCGGAAAAUGAUCGGAUUCCUUCUCUGUUAUCAUCUUCCCUGAAAUCCUCAAGCACCCCAUUUAAGCCCGUCAACUCAGACAACCGGGCCGUGGAAGAAAAAAAAUCAAGAACCGGCGGUUUUCUGAAAGAGAGCCCGGGCGAAAAAAUUGUUGCUUUGGUUGAAAUUAGGGAUGAGAAGGCGAUAGAUGAUGAAAUUGAGGAAAUCGAGUCCCACAUUUCGAAACUCAAGUCCAAGUUGGAGGCCCUGAGGCUCGAAAAGGCCGAGGCGAACGAGAAAGCUGUCGAGAAGAAAAUCCGAGCCGUGCCCGCAAAGUUCAUGAACCCGAAAAAGGCUGACGGGACUACUGAUAAGAGAAGGGGGAUCAGUCUUGGGCCCGUGGAAAUCAUAUCGGGGGCCCGUAGGGUGGCCAGCGUGGGGCCCGCAGAGAUUUUCCGGGCCGCGAGGUCGAGGCAGAUGCUGGGGAGGCCCGAAAUGGGCACUCCAGUUCAGAACCGGAGAAAAUCGUGCUACUGGAAGUUGCAGGGCAUAGAUGAAGAGAAGGUGGGCUUGGGCUUUUCGAGCGUGAGCCCAAAUUCGAGAAAAAUUGGGCUGAAGUCCGAAAUCAAGAACUCAAGGCAGGCCGUGACAACAAUUUCGUCGAGAAAGGCCUUUUCGAAGAAGGAAGACUCGGUUCUGAACUCGGUCCAGCCCAAAAAACUGUUUAGGGAAGGCGGGGAAAAGGUGGACCCCACAGCUGGCAAGAAGCUGUCGAGGCCCGGGAGAAUUGUGGCUAGCCGGUACAACAAUCUGAACUCCGUUCAGACACCCUUAGCCAGAAAGAAGUCUUUGCCGGAAAAUGAUGACGGUUUCAGCCAGAAAUUCGAUAGUAAACGGGCCUUGUCAGUGGGGAAAGCCCGGGUGAAAAAGCGUUGGGAAAUCCCGAGUGAGAUUGUUGUUCACAGCAGUGUGGAGACUGAGAAGAAGAAGUCUUCUCCUCCACAGUCUAUUGUUUUGCUGCCUAAGAUCAAGACUGCUCGGUGCAUGAAGGAAAGCCCGAGGGACUCGGGCCCCGCUAAAAAAGUGGUCGAGCUUAUUGGGAAGAAAUCGUUUUUCGCGAAUGACUCUGAAGAUGAGAUGGACCCGCCUGUUUGUCAGACCUUGACCUACGAUGAGGAAGAAGAAGUUGAGGAAUUUUCAUACCCGGGAUUUUGA